GCCCGAGGUGCAGCCGCCGCCGUGAUGUGACCUUCAGAGCCGCCUGCACAGGAUGACCGGAGCCACCGCCCCGCGGCGCCCGCGGCUCGCCACGGCCUCCCGGGCGCUCUGACCGCGCGCGCUCCCGGCUGCCCGCCCGUCUCCCGUCCCCGGUCCGCUUCCCUGGCCCUUGGCCCGGUCCUCGCCAUGCCGCCGCCGCCCGGACCUGCCACCGCCCUGGGCACCGCGCUGCUGCUGCUCCUGCUGGCCUCGGAGUCUGCGCACACCGUGAUGCUGCGGGCGCGCGAGGCGGCUCAGUUCCUGCGGCCCAGGCAGCGCCGCGCCUACCAGGUCUUCGAGGAGGCCAAGCAGGGCCACCUGGAGAGGGAAUGCAUCGAGGAGCUGUGCAGCAAGGAGGAGGCCCGGGAGGUGUUCGAGAACGACCCCGAGACGGAAUAUUUUUAUCCAAGAUACUUAGGAUGCAUUAAUAAAUAUGGAUCUCCGUACACAAAAAACCCAGAUUUUGUUAAAUGUGUUAAAAACCUGCCUGACCAAUGCUCUCCAAACCCCUGCGAUAAGGAGGGAACCCAAGUCUGUCAAGACCUCAUGGGCAACUUCUUCUGUCAGUGCAAAGCCGGCUGGGGGGGACGGCUCUGUGACAAAGAUGUCAACGAAUGCAGCCAGCAGAAUGGGAGGUGCAACCAAAUAUGCUACAACAAGCCAGGCAGCUUCCACUGUGCCUGCUACAGUGGCUACUCACUCUCCCCAGAUGGCAGGACCUGCCAAGAUGUAGACGAAUGUACUGACGCAGACGCCUGCGGAGAGGCACGCUGCAAGAACCUGCCGGGCUCCUACUCCUGCCUGUGUGACGAGGGCUACGAGUUCAGUUCCCAGGAGAAGGCCUGCCGAGAUGUGGACGAGUGUGCAGAGGGGCGCUGCGAGCAGGCCUGUGUCAACUCCCCAGGGACCUACACCUGCCACUGCAAUGGACGUGGGGGCCUCAAGCUGUCCGCGGACAUGAACACCUGUGAGGACAUUUUGCCAUGUGUGCCUUUCAAUGUGGCCAAAAGCAUGAAGUCUUUGUACCUGGGUCGCAUGUUCAGAGGGACACCCGUGAUCAGACUGCGCUUCAAAAGGCUGCAGCCCACGAGACUGGUGGCGGAGUUCGACUUCAGGACCUUUGACCCCGAAGGUAUCCUCUUCUUUGCUGGAGGCCAUCGAGACAGCACCUGGAUUGUCCUGGGUCUGCGGGCCGGCCGACUGGAGCUGCAGCUCCGCUACCAUGGCGUCGGCCGCGUCACCAGCAGCGGGCCUGUCAUCAACCAUGGCAUGUGGCAGACGAUCUCCAUUGAGGAGCUGGAGCAGAAUCUGGUCAUCAAGGUGAACAAGGAUGCAGUUAUGAAGAUCGCAGUGGCUGGGGAUCUGUUUCAGCUGGACAAAGGACUGUACCAUCUGAACCUUACCGUGGGAGGCAUUCCUUUCAAGGAGAAAGACCUUGUCCAGCCUAUAAACCCUCGUCUAGAUGGCUGUAUGAGGAGCUGGAACUGGUUGAAUGGCGAAAACACUGCCAUCCAAGAAACAGUGAAAGUGAACACGAAAAUGCAGUGCUUCUCUGUGACAGAGAAAGGGUCCUUCUACCCUGGGAAUGGAUUUGCUUUCUAUAGCCUGGAUUAUGCACGAAUGUCUCCGGACGUCGGGACUGAAACAACCUGGGAAAUAGAGGUCAUGGCUCAGAUCCGCCCCGCCACCGACACGGGGGUGCUGUUCGCACUGGUGGGGGGAAACCACACCAUCGCCCUCUCCCUCGCCCUGGUCGACUACCACUCCACCAAGAAGCUCAAAAAGCAGCUGGUCGUCUUGGCCGUAGAGAACGUCGCCCUGGCCCUGAUGGAGAUCAAGGUCUGUGACGGCCAGGAGCAUGUGGUGACCAUCUCUGUGAAGAAGGGCGGGGCCACCCUGGCAGUCGAUGGCACCAAGGGACAGAGCGAAGUGAGCCCUGCGGAGCUGCAGGAGAGUCUGGCCAUCCUCGGGAGGCACCUACAGGGCUCCGUGCUCACCUUCGUCGGGGGGCUGCCAGAUGUGCCGGUGGCCUCCGCGCCAGUCACGGCCUUCUACCACGGCUGCAUGACGCUGGAGGUCAACCAGAAGGCGCUGGACCUGGACGAGGCCUCUUACAAACACAGCGAUAUCACAUCACACUCCUGCCCCCGUGUCGGGCAGGCCAGCCCCUAGACUGACCACUGCUGCAGGAUGAGAAGCCACAAAGCACUCCUCACGCUUUCUUUUCAAAACAAGGAAGGGAAGGCAUCAGCCACCCCAGCUCGCCUUAUGUGAGCAGCUCCCCAAAACACUGACUCCUCGCGAGCUGAGUUUCCUUCGAGACCUUUUCUUUGCCUUGUAAUAUAUGUGUAAAUAGUGGAGAGAACUAAUGUUAACGACCCAGAAGCACACCUCCCCCCUCCAAAGUGUCCUGCGUGAAGCUGGGCUCCAAGGAGCCAAUAGGAGGGUGGAGGCAGGAGGUCUGCACAUGCCAGAGCGGACCCAGGAAAAUAAUUCUGUUAUUUUUAUUACCACAUGCUUCUUUCUGACCUAAAACUAUGGAAAAAUAAAAUAUUUACAGAAACCUUUUUAACUCUGUGUGGGCAGGCUCUGCUGCUUGCAUCUUUAGCACUCAGCAGCUUGGGGUAAAAGGACAGAAGAAAGCCUUGAUGCCGUUGGUCGGUGGCCUCGGGAGGCCUUGUACACAACCGUGACUUUUGGAAUUUCCCUAAUGCUGACCCUGCGCAGAGCUGGCCAGUCUGUAAAAGAGAUAAGCCCACUUUACUCAGGAAGAGGCAGGCUGACCCCUGGGUGCCCCUCGAGAGCAGGGCAGCAGCGGUGGGUAAAUGAAACAGUGCAGGGUCAGUACCUGCUCAUUUCUCUCUGGACAAACCCCUCCACCUCUCAGCUUCACCUUUUUUUUGAAAAGCUGUGAACAGAGCUGACAUGGCACUUGGUCUGGUGUCAAGUGCGCUGGCAUCAGGAGACCUGGUUCUACUUGCAGCUCCCACUGUGCCAGGCUCCUGGUCUGUACCUGACGGGUGGUGGAGUAGACCGUCCUCAAACAUGACAGGCAACAAAAAUCAAGGCUUGUGGUCCUCAGGGGGAUACCAAGACUUGAGGUCAGAAGCUACAGUGGGACACGUCCAUUCUGUGCCUGAUGUGACUGCUGGGGAGGGGGCCUGUGCCCACAGCCGGUGGGGCCAUUGCAGCAGGCUUUCAAGCAGAGGGUCCCAGAGACGUUUCCCGCCUCUGGUGGGGGUUGUAUCUGAUGACUGAAUGGUUCCUGCAAGACAAAUUCUUCUGAGGCAGUCGAGCAAGUUUCGGCUGUGUUUACUUUGCAGAUCUUAUUCCUCAGGAGGCAGUGAAGUGUCCCAUAGCCCUGUCAUUUCUCAUCAUGGAGUUAAUUCCUAAAAGCCUCGUUAACUAAGCACAGAAUCAGGCAGUCUGGGUUUGGGUGUCUUCACGUCCUCCUUGCUGUUGAACGUGAGUGUAUAAGUCACAACUUGAACCGGAGAUAAGCGGGGUUUGGAAGGGAAGGUAAAAGCCUGAAGAAUCCACCCACAGCUACAUGAGGCGCACACACAAAGCAAAGUGGGCCGUGGUGCCACUGGAGGAAGAGAAAUUCCCCUCUAGAUUUCUAGAAAAGAGGGGCAUGGUCUCGAGGACCAUACCAGAGGCCCCUGCCUGGCUGUUGCUGAGGUGGAAUGACUCCAAAUGCACCAGGUGGGAGGAGACAUUGUCCCUCUUUACCUGGUAGAUGGCACACCCUUGAAGGGAUGGGGGUUCCCACGAUACUGGGAGAAGCAGGAAAUCACCCAUCAGGAAGGAUCCCCGCACUCCAGGCCAAGCUCACCUCAAAGAUGAAUAAACUGAGGUGUGAAGAUACAAAGAUGAAUAAACAGAAGGCGGAAGUGGUCAGGCCCCCUAAGUCACAGCAGGGCUAGCCAGAGUAGCUGGGGUGAGCCCUACUACGGGUGUGUUCACCAAUAUGUUUGGGGCUCCUACUGCCCUGAACACACUCCUUGCUCCCCAGCCCACCCCACAAUCCCAUGUGUGUGUCAGGACACCCCCUCUGCCCAGCACACCAUGGGGACAUGGCACAGCUCCAACAGGCUAUGCUGGCUGCGUCCUUUCUGUUGUUCUUUCCAAACCUUUGGCAACAUCUGGAUGGAAGUCCUGUUGACUCAGGACUUCAGAAAACUAGUCUAAGAGGUUCUUCAGGUAAUUUUCCACAUCAGCGCAUGAGAAAUAAGAGACGUUUGGAGAGCGCAUGUCAGGCAGUCUCUGAGCCGCUCCAAUCAACCAUGUCCUCAUGAAAUAUCCAUCUCUAGCCAAGGUCCUGUGUGGAAGGACAGUCCUCACCCAGCCUCUUGGGUUUUCCCACUCUUGGUCUGUGACAGAGGUGGACACGUGUACCAGCUCACGCUGUAAGUGGACCCCAAACUCAGGCCCCUUGUGCUGGCUGCGGGACAGGCAAGUGGCCUGGUUGGCUGGUCUGGUCAGGUCGGGGCUUAGAGCUGUCUGACGUAACGUCAGGCCAUCCAUCUGGGGCCCGAUGGCCCAGUUCCUGGGAACUCUGGUGUUGAGCAGGAGGACCCAGGCAGGGAUGCCCUCUGCUCAAUGAGCAGGAGGUCUCACCCCAACUCUGAUGCCCAUCCCUCCCUGCACCUCCAGCCGGCUGAGCACAGCUUUGAGAAGCGUGGGAAGCACAGUGCCACCAUGCUGCCCACCAAGCUGGCCUCCUACAGCUGCAGGAACCCAAAGCCAGUGUGGGGGCCUGAUCUGUUUCUCACCCUGUCACUGCAGCAUUUCCCGCAGUGCUCUCUGAGUUUUGUUCACUGUGGAGGCGGCUCUGGAAUGUUCUUGUGGAAUGCUCCCCUGGCCAUCUGAAAGUCUCCUCCGGCCAGCCUCAAUCCUCUCAAGAAGGCCAGGACGGCCAAAAUCAGGGAGGACACAUGCUGAGCUGUGGGCUGAACAGUCUGCAAGCUUCACAGACACACAUAACGGAGCCCAGCAUCUUAAGGGCUUUCUCACCACCUUGGUUCAUCUCCUGUCCAGGGAGAGCUAGGCACACAUCUGUUUCCUGGUGUGGUUUCCUUAGACUUGCACUUGGGUGCCAGAGGUUAUUCUAACUAUUGCCAAGAAAAAGCUUCUAGCAAGUACAGAGCCAAAUGCUGCGAUACAUUUCCCAGCUGUGCCAGCCAGGUUGGUGUCCUCGCUGCUACCCAGGCCAGGCAGGGCUGGGCUGCAGAGGAGGCCUGGACAGAUGGGGAGUUCCAUGUCUUCUGAGUCUGCUCUAUGGAGGAGGAGCUGGGCGGAGCUG